AUGGAACUUAUCUGGCUCGCUGAUAUACCACAAGGUAGACGACGCAGUAGGGCUUUGCGAGCAUGUGUCCACUGUCAGAGAAAAAAGAAACGGUGCCAUCAUCUUGUCACAGAGACUGUUGUUAACCUGCAAAGCAAUCAACGCCGUGAAGGCACCGUGGCAGUUCCUGAGACAACAUCUAUCACACCGAUUCUCCACAAAAGCUCACACACAGAACGCUUUGUUGGAGAUUUAAACCCAGAAGCCGUAAUACAUGAGAAAUUAGAUUUCGCCAACGGAAUUCAGCUGCGAGACCGAAUUGGCCUCUGGGUCAGUUCUUCUUCUGUUCAAACUUGUGAAGAGCAUAUAUCUCACUCCGAAUCUACGCCGGCUCAUGAUGCCCCCGGCCACCACAGCCCCGGGGCGCGAUCGACUGCUUCUUUAUUACACCAGCAGUCUAAACCUGCAUUGAAGGCCUGUGAGCGUUUGCCCGAUUCGACGCGAAAUCAUCUUCUACCCAUCUAUUUCACUAAACUCAAUCAUAUGUUACCCCUUGUCGACCCAGAUUGCCUGCUUUCAGCUCAUGCUCGAGAUUCGAUAUCUGUGUUCCUAGAACGCGCAGUAUGUCUCGUAGCAGCUAAAGAUCGCGCAGCCGAACCUUAUCUUCGCCUAUGUGAAGAAGUUCAGGUUAUGACUUCCCGUCAAUUCUGCUCUGAGAUAUACGGUGAACUUGUGAAUGCCAUGAAUGUCGGCCUGGAAGCCGACAGGAUCACCCGCAUCCAUAUUCUGACGCUCAUGUCUCUGCAUUGCGAAGGCUAUGAAGGCGCCGAAUCAGCCUCGAUGCAUCUUUGCCAGGCAAUUCACCAGGCUCAGACAGUGGGCCUACAUCUUUAUCGUCCUGGUCGGAGGCCGGAGGAUUCUCUACCGAGUCUCUUUUGGUGCUUAUGGACUUUGGACAGAAUGCAUGCCUGCUUAGGCGGCCGACCCGUUUUUAUGUCUGAACGUGACAUCGGAAUUGGAAAACCUCGAGUUGAUCAUUUUGCAACAAAAUCAGCUUUCGACAUAUGGUUUGCGAUCUCGGAUUUACGAUCAACGGUGAUCUCGUUCUACAGACCAGCUUCGGAUCACACGGUUGGAUGGGAAGCAGAUUUACCACGUUUGAGAGCAUCACAGGGGAUCGGUCUUCUUGAGCUGUAUUACCAUGCUGUCGGCAUCCUUUCCUGCAGAUACAGAUUAUCGCAUCCUGCAGAUUUGUCGAAACCUUCGUAUGUUCGUCAGGGUCUUGCCGCAGUCCGGAUUCAUUCCAUUGUGGCCACAGAAUGCUCCGGAAGUCUACCACCACUGCCCAUUAUUCCUUAUGCCAUAACGCUAUCUAUGGGUGUUUCGUACCAGCAAUUUCGCUCAAGCAAACUCAUUACUCACCUCAAUCAAGCCAGGGCCGGCCUAGAAGCUUCCUGUGUUCUGCUCGAGAGAGUAAGUGCCUAUUGGUCAGCCGCAGAGGCGAUGGGCCGACUGGGACGAAAGGCACUUCAUCAGCGGAUCGACAUUUCGAACCCUAAAUAUCAGCUGCACGAUCAUGAAAAUGAGCAAUCGCUAGACCUACCGAGCGUCUGCACUCCGCGCACCGAUCCUGAGUGCAGCCGAUUCGCUGAUAUAGACUUUUUAUUCGGGGAGUUCCUCGACUUUUCUCUUCCCACUAAUUCUUUGGAUCCUGUUUUUCUAAGCUCGGAAUAG